CAUUUUCGGGAAUCUUUGGCGAUGGCCGAGCGGACGGACGCGCACGAGCCGCGCUGGACCGAGCGCGGAGCGUCCUUCCUCCGACGCAUCAACCUCGAGCGCGUGGCCGAAGACCCGCGCGUGCGCCUGCUCGUGGACGGCCAGAGCACCGGCGACAUCUCGCUCACGUCGCCCAUGAAUGCACAGCUCCCGGCGCCGUUGCCGCCUCCACCAUCGGCCGACGAGCCAGUCGCGAGCUGGUCGCGAGCGCUCAAGGAGUCGAUAUCAAGCGUCCUCUUUAGCAAAACCAACGACGACCCGAUCCUCCACUUUUCGUCGCGCCUCGCCGUGCUCGCGCCGCCGGCCAUGCAAGCCGUCACCAAGCUCUUUGGCGCAAAGACGUAUACGAGCACGUGGGCGGACGCGCAGCUGGCCAUGUCCAACCUCGACGCCGCGAUCGCGACUCGCUUUGCCGAGAAGGCGUGCGUCAUGGACUGCGGUCUUCUUGACGCGGUGCAACGGACGCACCAAAAGCCGCUCGUGCCCGACACCUUUGCAGGCGGCCGCGUGACGUCGCUGCCCUUCAAGCGUGGCGCGGUGCCGUCGAUGCAUUCGAUGUUUGUCGCGGCGUCGACGGUCGCGUCCUGGCUUGCGCUUGAUGACGCCCACGUCGCGAUCCUCCUGGCGCCCAACCAAGAGCAGCUCAGCGUGUACCUUGCGUGCUGCGCCAUGUACCGCGCGCCGUUUGGGACCGAUCUCAUUGCGUACGGCGAGCGCAUCUUGCAGUGGUUCAACGAGAACGUUGAGAGCGCCGAGUCGCUCGCACUGCGGCUCUCCAAGACGUUUAUCGAGUCGGACGUGCGCAAUACGUCGUACGUUCCGGGCCUUCCGCGGCCGCAAGCGCGGUUCCUGCGCGACUUUACCGGGCUGCUCCUCCUCCGCGACCAGCAGCUCUUGUCCAGCGUAGCGCUUACAUCGCUACAAGACCGCACGAGUCUCAGCGGCGCCGCCGUCUUGCCGGCCCAACACCCGCUGUACAUCCACCGGCUCUCGAUUCUCAAUCUGCUCCUCCGGCUCUGCGACGGCGCGACCGACCGCCGCGCGGCCGUCGUGCUGCAGCUCAAAGCCGGCGACUUUGACUGUGUCUCGACCCUGUACACGCCGCACGCCGAGUUUGGCCUUCUCGUGGAAUUUGGUGCGGACGAAGGCACGUUUCCGCCGGAAGAAGAGCCGACGCCGACGCCGUCCGACGACGAGACGCAACGUCGGAGCUCGGUCCUGCCGCCGCGGCGCCCGCCCGCACCGGCUUUGCCGUGGACGACGGUCGCCACGUACCUCGUGCCGCAGUCGGUCGUCUACACGUGCUACGGCGAUGGCCACUUGACGCAAAUCGACCUUGCGGUGCGCCUCGCAGAGCACACGCUGCAGUUUCAUGUGCAGUGCGGCGACGACCAAGCCCGCGUGCUCUCGCCGCACCAGCUCUUUGGCUACGUGCUCCCGACCGCGAUCGUCGACGACCUUCGCACGCGCCGCAUCACGGGCAUUGAGCUGCCGGCCGUCGACGGCUCGUCCCGCGACUCGUUUGAUGUGCAGUACGCCCUCUGGCUCCAGCGGCAGUUUGACGACGAUACGACGCGGCUCUCGAAUGAGAUUCGCAUUGGGACGUCGCCACUUGAGAUUGAAGCCUUGGUCGCCCAACACGGGACGUUGGGUCUGGUGAUGCUCGCCAACCAGCUCCAGCAAGCCGACGCCAACUCGCGCGGUGCGUCGGACCGCAUGAUUGCGCAGCUGCCAAAGCGAGUCUUUUCGCGCGAGCGGGAAGGCAUCGACAUCGAGUGUCUUGUGUGUCGGUACACCUUUGAGUCGGGCGACGACAUUCGCACGCUCCCUUGCUUUCACUCGUACCACACAGACUGCAUUGACCCGUGGCUCCGUCUCAAGAAGGUGUGCCCCACGUGCCAAGUGUCGAUCGAGCUCGGCACUGCGGGCGACGGCGAUGACGACGAGGAUGACGAGGAUGACGUUGCGACCACGUAGACCACAGACACCUUGUCCAAAUUGCGUACGAGUAA